AUGUAGAUUUUUGAUUUAUCCAAAAGUAGUGGGGGAUUUUAUGAUGAUAAUGGUAUGAGAGAUGGGUUCUGGAUUGACUUAUGCUAAAUUUCACUAAUGUUCGAUAAGUUACUUUUGCAGGGAAGUACAAUCAUGGAAAAAGAAUUGGAAAAUGGGAUUUGA